GUGACGAUUGAUGAAAAUUUGUUGCUUCACGUCAGCCAGUCGGCUGUAUUUUUAAUUAUUUUUUCAAAACAAUUGCUGCAAAAGUACUGAUUUUCUGUCUAUCCGACUAACAGCCAAACAUGGAUUAUAUAGCUUCAGAAAAGGGAGACACCGCAGAAAAUCGUGAUCCGAACUCCUUAGUAGCUAAUGGCAGCUCUAAACCUGAUAUGGAAUGCGAACCUUCUGUUGAUCAUGGGAGUUCACACAACGAAGAUCCCACAGAGGGUGGAGCCUGUGCUUCUUCGUCAACAGAGGACUCGGAACUGUGCGAGAUCCCGGAACAGGUCGAAUUUAUCGUAGUUUUUAACAAAAACAAACAUGACGUGACGUUUGCAUAUGAUGCAACCGUUUUAGAACUUAAAGCUCAUUUAGAGAGAAUAUCCGGCGUGCCGCAGUCCGCUCAGAAACUUAUAAUCAAAGGCAUGGCCCGAGAUACUGCCACAUUGAGGAAUUCGGGAAUAGUCAAGGGUGGAAAAGUCAUGCUAGUUGGAUCCAAAAUGGAUGAUAUUUUGGCUGUGAAAAGUGCACCAAAGGAAAUUCUAGAAGAAAAAAAUAAUAGUCAGACAAGUAAGGAGCUGUUCUGCACGCAAAAGAUACACAGGAAAGUCUUAGAUAAAGGUAUUCCCCCAGAUGUAAUGCCUGGAAUCAAAGGAAUUAAGGAGCCCCUACCCCCUGUGCCAGUAAGUGGGAUGUUAAACAAACAUGGAGGCAAAGUCAGGCUCACAUUCAAGCCUGAACAGGAUCAGCUCUGGCUAGGAACCAAAGAACGCACUGAGAAACUUGCCAUGACUUCUAUCAAAAGUAUCGUAUCGGAACCCAUCACAGAACAUGAGGAAUAUCAUAUUAUGGGACUUCAACUAGGCCCUACUGAAGCUUCAAGAUAUUGGAUAUAUUGGGUGCCAGCACAAUAUGUUGAAGCCAUAAAGGAUGCAGUACUUGGUGUGUGGCAAUUCUUCUAAUUCAAUCAUGUCAAACUGUCUGCUGUAUCUAACACCUGGGAGCUACUUGGGUAGUUGCAAUAUAUAUAAAAUAAUAAAUGUUGUGCCCUAGCACAUGUAUGUAUAAUCCAUGUUUUAUAUUUAGAAGUACAUUUAAUGGUUAUACAAUUUUACUGAAACUUUAAGCAUAAUACAAUUAGUGCUAGGGGCUUUCGUGCCGUUUCUCUUAUACAAAUACUGUCGAAAUUAUUAACAUUUCGAAAAAUUGUAACCCUAAUCCCUGAAUCUAUUUGAAUUUCUUUUUAAUACAAUUUUAUGAUUGUCGAUUUAUUGAGAAUGUAAAAAAAUCUGUAUCAAGCCAUUGGUACUAUUUAUUUUGUGAUAUCAUUAUGCCGUGUCAAUUAAAAAUUGUCCAUUGAUAAUAAAUUUGGCAUCUAUCUGGUCAUUUGUGAGAAUUUUUAUUUGCUAUUGUUGAAUUGCAUUUUAUGCAUUUGGGGUUUUGAGCUGUAACAUAUUGCUAUUAUCGUAUCGCGCGUUCACGAUUCAUGAGCUUAUUGUCCUGUGUUUCGAAACCUGAUCUCUAUUUGAACUUUAUAAAAUUCACUCAAUCUGAAGGAUUGGCCUGAAUAUUGCAACAGCAGUCUUCUCUAUUUUAGCAUCCAACGGAAUGCUGUUCUUUAUAUUCCUACCAAUCCUUCAUGAGAAUUUGAUAAUAGAAUUAGAUAUAAAAACAUUUUAAAUUA